ACGGUCUCACUCCCAACUCGUCACAUAUGGACGCUUGGUCAGGACCCCUUGGCGUCACAUUUUAACGCACUGGGUAUCCCUUUGGCGUUAUUUUUCAACGAGCAGGGCAGUCCAAUUGACUUCUAUGGAACCCUGAACCCGAGCCUGAGGCGCCGAAAUUUGACGUUUUGGGUAAGCACGCGCAGCCCUUUGUUUGCUGUGGAUGAAAAAAAAAAAAAAAAAGUUCGCUGUGGAUGGAUCUAGACUACAAUAAAUACGAAUAGAUAGGAAUAGGCUACAAUAAAUGAUCUAUGCUGAGGCUGGUUAAAUGGUGUCCCCCAUAUCAUCUUUAUCUGGCCACACAACUAGGUUUUAAUGUUAAGAAAUCCCUCGCAGUCUGAUAUCAAAGCGCCCUCUGAGAAAUUGGGGGAGCGUUCGUCGUGCUGUUUAACAGCAUUCAGCGGUGAGUUUAACAACGCUCUACUGCAGGUAGAACAGCAUCCAGAUGUGAGUUUAACCAAAACAACGAUCAACUGCAGGUAAAACACUAUUCAGAGAUGAGUUUAACAACGCUCUACUGCAGGUAGAAUAGCCUCCAGAUGUGAGUUUAACCAAAACAACGAUCAACUGCAGGUAAAACACUAUUCAGCGGUGAGUUUAACAACGCUCUACUGCAGGUAGAAUAGCCUCCAGAUGUGAGUUUAACCAAAACAACGAUCAACUGCAGGUAAAACACUAUUCAGCGGUGAGUUUAACAACGCUCUACUGCAGGUAGAACAGCAUCCAGAUGUGAGUUUAACCAAAACAACGAUCAACUGCAGGUAAAACACUAUUCAGCGGUGAGUUUAACAACGCUCUACUGCAGGUAGAACAGCAUCCAGAUGUGAGUUUAACCAAAACAACGAUCAACUGCAGGUAAAACACUAUUCAGAGAUGAGUUUAACAACGCUCUACUGCAGGUAGAAUAGCCUCCAGAUGUGAGUUUAACCAAAACAACGAUCAACUGCAGGUAAAACACUAUUCAGCGGUGAGUUUAACAACGCUCUGCGGUGCGUGCAGUAAGCAGUUUAAGCGUUUUCUGCCAGGUCACAGGGUAAGUGACUAAUUAUAGGUGAUGCAUGCUGGAUAAUGUUUAUUUUUAUUUUUAUAGGAGUCUGGUAUUGAUAAAUAAAUGCACAUAUGCUUGUGUUCGAUUAAUCAAUGUCUUGUUUAUUUAUUUAUUUAUUAAAUAUCCUCUAAAUUAAUAACUCUGACGUCAUUGUAUGGCGCGAUCGUGAUCCCGAGGUUCAUUGCGUUUUUCCCUUUCCACUCGGUAAGUAGAAAUUAAUUAAUAGAGAUCGAGACUAUUCUUAAAUUUACACAAUAAAACUGUAGAAUCAGGACAAGUUGUGUUUAGAACUUUAAGACGUGUAAGGCAGCAAUUUAUUAGGACGGUUAAUGAUAGAAAAUUAAAUAUAUAUAUAUUUAAAUUACUUGCUGCACCACAUGUGCAGUAGGCUAGCAAAGUUAGCUAAUUAAAUUCAAAGUUAAUUUUUUUUCGCAUAUAAUCAUGAAGGUGCAAUCAUGGGGAAUACAAGAUUUUCAGUACUGAUUUGUUUCCAGUUACCUAUUUUAUAUAGCUCAAACUAUUAAGCCAUUUUAGCUAACAUUAUAAAUGGUCAGGCCAGUAAUUGUUUAAAAUCCACGGAUAAUUUGAUAAUAAAUGCCUAAAUAUUAUCUAUAAUAAUCAGUAGAAACAAAUUCAUAACAACAACAGUUUUGUGUCUCAGCACAAUUUCUCACUAUAAAAUAAAUAAUUUAAAUGUUCGUUCAGAGGUUAUAUAGGAGGCUAUGUUGAACAUUGCAAUUUUUCUAUUUCUUUCUUUUGUAUUAAAAUAACAAAAUUCCACCUUCCCAAGCUCAUUUAUUCACACAUGGUGCAACCCAAAAUCAACCAAAUGGGUGGAAAAACUCUUAAAUCUGGUAACAUUAAUGAAGAAUACUGGUGUAAAGUGUAAGGCAUAGGUGUCAAACUCAAUUCCCGGAGGGUCGCAGCCCUGUAGAGUUUAGUUCCAACCCUAAUUAAAUGCACCUUACUCAGCUAAUCGAGUCCUUAAGGUUUAUUUGAAAGUUAAAGGUAUGUUUCCUGGAGCAGGGCUGAGCCCCUUCAGGAACUGAGUUUGACACCUCUGGUGUAAGGUGUUCAAUUAUUAAUAUAUUUUUUUUCUCUCUCAUCAGGUCUUUCAAAUUUGCCUGCUCUUUAUUCCAAACCUCGACCACACAUACAGACAAACACACUCACUCACUCACUCACUCACACACAAUAAAGGCACUUUUAAGAGCCACGUCCGUCCUGUUUACCUGUCUGUUCUGUAGUUUACUUGUCACUCUCUUUUUAGCUCUCUCUAUAUCUUUAUCUCUAUUUUCAUCUUUAUUUGUUUUAUUUGACCAUCCUUCCAGUUCUCUUAAUAGUUCCUAAAAAUCCUCUUUAUCGUAACAGUUUGUCCAUCUGUUGUUUGUUUUUGUGUAUAUUUCUUGUCUAGUCAUGACAAGGCCCAAAUUCAGGCCCUGCCCUUCUUGCCAGACUCCCAAUCAGGCAAGCAGGAAAACUUGUCAUGUCUGCUUUGGAAGCCUGUCCACCAAAAACAAAAUAAAAGAAAAAGUGGCAUCACUGGAUAGCCAGUGGGGGAAAUCUGUCCUUAAAAGCAGAAAUGCUGGGCGUAUAAUUGAUUCUGCCCGUAUUGCAGUGCUGAAACUUGAGGCUGUCGGAUACAAGCCAAUUUUAUUUAUUGGGAAACAGGACAAAAGGGCUUCAAAUAAGUGGGUGGCAGAUAUUAUCACGCAUCUGCACCCCACUCCUGUCACCAAAGUGUUUUUGGAGAAGAUGCGGAGGGCUUAUGAGUUUAUCUUAACAAAAGCAACCUCCACAGCCCAGCAGCCGGAGAGCGUCCCCGCGGAGCGGCCGGAGAGCGUCACCGCGGAGCAGCCGGAGAGCCUCACCAAGCAGCCUGAAACUGUAUUUGUUCUCAAUCUUGUUCCUGUGCCUUGCUCGCUCUCUCCAACCUCUCUCUGUCCUCCUUCCUCUGCUACUUCUACAACUGUUCUUCCCUCACUUUCUUCCCCUCUUCCACCUCCACUGCGGCAGAGGAAAAGAAGGUUAAACACUUUUACCGCGUCAAACUCUACCACCCCUGUCUCUCCUCCAUAUCCAUCUGCCUCUUCCAUUUCCAAGCCUUUGAGUCAGGAGGUGCCACUGGUAAAGAACAGAAGAAAAGGUUGUCAAAAAUGUAGUAGGCAGAAGGUUUUCCUUUUUGAUAAAAUAACUGGGAAACAAAUAAAUGAGGGGAAAGCUGAAUUGAAAGUUCACUGGUUGCCUUGCACUGUGUGUGGCAAAACCUGGGAUGACACAUGGGAGCCUGCGAGUGAAUUCCAACACAUUGUGCCAAAGUCCCCACAUCCCAACCAGCUUUCAGCAUGACAACAUAGUCACCAUAGACACCUGGACUCAUCAAGCACCCUUCAAUGCAGUUCAUUUUUGAGUGUUUUUUCUUGCUGUUUGUUCUUCAGUAAAGUUUUUGCACAGUACCCAGUCUCUUUUAGUGUUUAGUCUCUUACAGUUGUCUUUUUAAAAAACUUUUUGCAUUGGUCUUGAACUGCUUAACAGUGUACCUUGCGAGAUCUUAAGUUUCUUGUCCAUGAGCAUAAGCUCAUAAAUACCAAAUAAUACUCCAAAAGCUACUAAAUUGUCACUCAAGUUUUGUAGUCAUGUUUGAAGUGUUUGAUUACAAUAAUAGAUAUGAAUUACUUUAUUAUUUAU